AUGAGGUUUAUAUCAUUUACUAGCGCAUUUAUUUUUAUUUUUGCCCUUGCACUGCCCUCUGCAUGGGCAGUGGGACCCAAACCCCCUCCACAUUAUAACUGGCAGUGGUGUGGCGUCGACAUAACAUGCAACAAUGAUUUUGAUUGUAUAGAUGCACCAGAUUGCUUAGCUUUGGCAAAAGGCGACAGAGGUCUAAUCUACUGUGGAACUUUUUGGUGGCCUCAUUCUUGCUGGGUUUACGUCCAACCCCCGCAGCCUUCUCCGACCACCACGCCCGUCACGCCUCUGCCCACUCCUCCAGGAAAUAGCUCGUUAUGCAAUAGAAGCAACCUGCCCCUAUCACCCCCUUCUGGGGGUGGGCAAAAUGAACCUCUAAAUCCCAGGGAUGAGGGCAUCAUUGAUUCAUUCAAAGGAUUGGAAAGCUUAGGCAUAGCACUUUAUAGCAGGAGCUUCAUGACACAUGUAGCUGGGGCAGGGCGGAGCAAUAAGCUCAGAAAAGACAUGCUCUUAGAUAUUCAGCGACAUAUCAUCGAUAUGUAUCAUCGCUAA